AUGUCCAAGUGGAUUCCUGUUAACAAGUAUGGUAUUGUGGUUGAACCAUUCAUCAAGCAACAUCCUCUUCAUCUCGAUCUCAAUGUUGGUGAUUUGGUCUUUAUUCGAUCAGAAAAAGAUGGAUGGGCAAAAGGAUCAGUCUUUAGGAAUCGUUACAUUGCUAAAUUAUUGGCAUCGCUCCAUAUGAAUUCAUCAUCAACACAAUCGAAUAUGGUCUCUAUGAAUAAUAAUAACAAUAAUAACAAUAACAACAAUACUUCAACAUCGACUGCACAAUCUGCCAAUACAACCUCCUUGUCGGCCAACUCUGCCAAUACGACCAAUACAGGAGGAGCCUCUUCUGCCUCCACAGCCACUCUCUCCAAUUCAAAUCUUGGAAAUGCCAAUGUUGGAAGUGGAAGUGCCAUUCUUCAACUUUCGAACAAUAAUAGUGGUGGUGCUGGUGGUGGUGGUGGUGGUGGUACGGGUGGUAAUGAUGCCAUGAAUUCAUCCUCAUCACUCGGUGCUACUCUUCCUCAAUCCUUGGAUGACAUGCCAGCCAAUCUAUUGGCAGACAUUAAAACUGCUCUCGAUUUCAACGUGAGUGCCAUCUCUGUAUUUCCCAUUCCUAAAGGCUUCUUCCCAACAACGGCCAUCAAACGCAUCGAAGAGAAGAAAGCCUUAAAAUUGGGUGAGAAAAAUGCGAGUACGACUUCAACGUCGUCCGAUAAAGUCUCCUCCAUGAUGAUUGGAAGGGACAACAACAAAUCAGUGACUGAUUCACUGGCUCCAUUGUCUGCUCUCGGAGGUGUUUUGAGAUCCAAUUUCAAGAUGAACUUUUCUGAAGAAGUUGAUGGUAAUGAAUUUGCAGAGAGCAAGUAUGGCUUCUUUGAUGAAAAAGAUUUUGAAAUUGAACAUUGUUAUAACAUCUUUCUAGUGACUGAAGAAUGGCUCUCUUUCUUUGAUGGAUCCAAAGAACGUAUGGACAUUGUUGAUCGUGAUCAAUUUGAAAGAAUUUACGACAUUCUCUCAAAAUUAUUCUUUGAUUUGCAAGAAUAUAAAAAGGCGUUUGAUCUCAGAAAGAGAUUGAAAGAAGCCUUAGUCUCUCCUAACGAUGGUCUCAUCAAAACUGAAAACAAAUUACACAAACUUCAAAACAAUUUAAUUAAGCUCGUUGAAGAAGGUUGUAAUGCUCUCUUGUAUGACAUUAUUGUGAGAAAGAAGGGUAAAGUUUUGGAUGAAAUCUUGCAAACUGAUGCCAAUGUCGAUAAGAAUGCUCUCAUGACGAGCUCUCAUGAAAAUGGAGAAGGAAAUGCAUUUGUACUUCCUCCACCCUCUCAAACAGUAGCUGAUAUUGUGAAUUAUAUGAUUCAAAACGAAAUUUCUUCGACUGCUCUCUCCUCUUCUUCAACAGUGACUACGAUUGUGAAACUCUAUAGAUCCUAUGUUCAAACAUUGGAACGAGAAAUUGAUGCCAUGAAAGAACGAAGACAAAAGCGAUUAAAAAAUCAUAACAAGAGAGAGGCAGGAGGUAGAGGUGGUGCUUUGGGACGAUUUGGUUUACCUUUCCAUUUGCCUGAUUUUGAUACUGAACCUGCUCAUGCUCUUGGAAGUGAUGAUACCAAACAAUUCUAUCAUUUACCAGAGGGUAACAUACAAUUAUUACUCGCUCUUGAUUUUUGUCAAAUCGAUACAGAAUAUGCCAUUGAAAUGGAUCUUUCAUUAUAUAGUAAGAAGUCAGAACAAUUUGUGAGUGAACCUUUCAUGAUUCCACUCUUGACUCCGACGGAAAGAAAACUCGGUAAAAUUCAAGCAGAGACCAAAGAUGGUUUCUCUGAGAGAAGAUGUAUUAUCAAAGACAUUACCAGCAAUGACAUUAAGGAAGAUUUGUACAUUGUUGCUAGGUUUUAUAGAAUUGGACCUGUACUUUUAGAAGAAAAAGCGAAAAAGAAAGAUAAGGAUACUCUUCAUGCUGAUACGGUUGAUGUCAAGAGACCUAUUUGGGUUGGUAUUGCAGACGUGAAUCCUACCGUCAUUAAUAAUAUUGUGAGUGGUGAGACUGCACUCCUUGAGAAUCUUUCUGUCUAUCAAACAGCAAAAGAAGAGAAUUUUUAUGCGCUUCAUCAAACCUUGAUCAAAUUGGCGAACGAGCACGCAGGACAAAUUCCCAAUGAACUUCCAAGAGAUAUUUCCAAAGUUUCAGAUUCUCUCAUUCGAUCCUUUGGACUCUCUCUCAAUAUGCUCAUUGGUGAAUAUGAAGAAGUGGUCUUCUCGAAGGAUCAUCUUCGUUUCAAACCAGUCAUUCAAAUGCUCAAAUUCCCAAGUGCUGUUUCACCAGGUGAUCGUCGUAAUGAUAUUUACAUUACUUUGGAAGGUUUAUUGGCCAAUGCCAAAGAAUACAAGAAUGUGUUGGUAGAAGCUGAAUUGUAUCAAGCGACCAUUUCAACGGCUAAAAAUCCACCGAGCAUUCCUUCUGAAGUGAAACCCAUGAUUCCACUCAACAACAAUCUCGGUUAUGAUUACAAUAGUGGUAAUUUACCAUCUUCCAUUCCAUCUCACAAGAGAAAGGUAUUCAGUUCGAUUGUAUUGUAUCAUAUCAAGAAUCCAAAAUGGAAAGAAACCUUUAGAAUGAGUGUAGAACCUGAUCUCAUUGAUCGAUCCAUUGUCGUUUUCAAGAUUUAUAAUUGUAGAUCGAGACAUUCAACCAAGGAAUUGAUUGGAUUUGCAUAUUGGAAAAUGACCAAUUCCACAGGCUUGUUGGACGUGACUUGUAAGAGUGAACAAGAUGCGAAUAGUAGUGGAGCUCAGAACUUUUCUGAGAACAACAAACAACCCGUAGUCGAAGUGAACAUUUAUAAGGUAACUAAGAAAUUCAAGGGAGGAGAUUUUUCAGGUAUUUUUGAUUUUCACAAAAAUCCUGAGGAACGUGAAACUCAUCGAACCAAGGGACAAAAACUUGUGGUUUCUUUCAAUGUUGUGAGUACAAGAAUUACUCAAAAUCCUGACAUGAAGAAUUUAUUAGAUUGGAAGACUCAAACCAGUGUUUCUGAUGUUGUCAAUCAAUUCACGUUCAACAUGGGAGAUGUGAUGGGUAUUGCCAUUUUCAUUAGAGAAAUCUUUGGUGCUCUUUUCGAUAUUUUGAGUGCAAGUGAAGAUAAGGCAAAUGUUCCUGAAAAGAUUUUCGAAGUGACCUACAAGGCUAUUAACAAUAUUUUGUCUCAGAAACAAUUUUGGCCUUUCUUGCGUGUCAUUGAUGAGUACAUUACCAACUACUUUCAAUCGGUCAAUGCUUACAAAUGGCUCUUGAAAUUUUUAAUUUCCGAUCUUUGUAAAAUUCAAUCCAGACGAGAAGAUGAAAUUCUUCGUGAAGAUCCCUAUGACCAGUUGAUGCCAUUUGAAUUGGAACAAGAAAAUGGAACUUCUGAAACCUCGAAUGGUACCUUUACCAACAACAACAACAACACUUCUACCACCAAUGGAAAUAACAACAAUACUACUACAGCAACCAUUCCUUCCAACAUCAUUGAAGAAACUCAAGUUCCUGCUGCUUCUCUUGCCAAAAUUGUUCCUGUUCUCUCUCAAUCCAUCAAGUGUAUUGAUUAUUGGGCCAAGUUCAUUGUCAAAUCUCGAGAAAAUUAUAUUGAAAGAUAUGGACAAACUGAAAAGGAUGAAAAAGAUUUUGAAAGACAAGUCUCCAUUCUCAUGAAAUUGAUUACAGUCUUGUUGCAACAUCCACAAAACGCAAUGCUUGGUGUGAAGGCAAACUUUUUGAAAUUUUUCAGUUCUUCCUUCUUUGAUGAAGUGAAUCGAGUCUUUAAGGAUGAUAAAAAGAUGGGACGAGCAGUGGUUGAUUUCAUUCUUGCCAUGAAUAAUUGUUCAGCAGCUGUCGACUCUACUGGUAAGACCGACACCAAGAAAUCAAAAGAACAAAAAACGUAUUCGAAUCGAAUGUUGGCUCUCAGUUGUGUGUUGAAAUCCACAGUGUUCAAUCGAGAUGGUUGUCGUAAAGUUGUACUUCCCUAUGUGAUUGAUGUCAUUCGUGAUGGUAUUCUAGAAACGAAUGGAGGUGAUCUUGAAUCUGGAAUUUCACUUCUCAAUGAACUUUUACAUGCCACUCAAAAGUUAAUGCUUCAAGCCAAUAGAAAACAAUUAUUAUUAUUCAAUCAAGAACAAAACCAUACGACCAUGACCACGACGACGACGACGACCAUGACGACGACGACGACCAUGACCAUUACUUCCACUCCAACCUCAUUCAUCAAAACCAUGGCUGAAAAUUAUAACUCUCCAAAUUAUUCCUUCCAAAAGCAAAGAAAGGCCAUUUCAAGUGCAUGGAUGAAAUCCAACGUUCCACAAGAAGGUGAAAACUUUACGGAUGGACUCGUCAAGACCAUUUAUGAAAUUUAUCAACUCUUCCAAACCAUUAAGGACAGAUAUGAAUUACUCACUUCUGAAUCACAAGUAUUGAAGAAGGAAAUUGAUGACAAGACUAAACUCUUAUUAGAAUCUCAAAAUGAAUCGGAUCAAUCCAAACAAGCAGCUCGACGAGGAGGUGGUGGUGGUGUCACUCGAACCAACGUGAAUCAAGGAACUCUUCAGAAAGAAAUUGAUGACAAACAAAAAUCUCUCGAUUCCAUUGAAAAUAAUCGAAGAGAUUUAAUGUGUUCCAUUAUUAGUUUUGUGAAAAUGUACAGUGGUAGUUCUGUCUUGUUACUUUCACAUUUAAUUCAAGAUGAACAUGUUGCCACUGGUUUAUCUCAACAAACAGUGAAGAAUAUUUUAUAUCUUCAUGAAUUGAUUACUGGAAAGAACAACAACAUUCCUCGUGAAUGGAUUGGAUUCCGUCUCUUCAUGUACAAUACUCUCUUUAGAUCUCUUGUUUCAACAAGUAAUGUGUUAUUGUAUCAUUUUACCAGUUACAAGAAUAGUCUUUCAAAUAUUGUGAAUAAUAUUCAUGAGAAUGAUGGAGCAACAGGAGCAACAGGAGGAGCAACAGGAGGAGGAAUAGGAGGAGCAGGAAUAGGAGGAGCAACAGGAGGAGCAGACUCUGAGAGUGUUCCAUCUGAAUUUAAAGAAUUAUGGGAUCUUGUGUUCAAACACUCGUUCAGUUUCAUCAAUUGGAUCGAAGUUGAAAAGAUGAGAGCCUAUGAGAGAAUCAAAAUUCAAUCUCGCCACGAAGAUUAUCGUUCCCUUCUUCUUCAUCAUUUGUAUGAAAAGGUUUACAAACAUGAAAAUAUGAAGAAGGACAUCAAGUUAAUCUUUGUACCCAAAUUGGUUCACCAAAUUAUGAGUCUCUUCAAUAUUGAUCAUCGAUUGUUACACGAUCCAGCGAUCAAACUCUACUAUGCUCUCAUUGAAACUGAAUUUGAGAAUCACAAACGAUUGGCUCAAUGUGAAGCUGUCACACAGAGUCGAGUGGUUCGUUCCAAAAUUGGAAGUCUCUUUAAAGAGAAUUUCACGGACAAGUUAAAGACCAUGUUCCAAGAAAAUCUUUCAUCAACCAACACUCAAGAACUUGGCAAAGAAGGAAUGUUGUUAUUGAAUCGUUUAGAGACUUUAAUUUCUCAAGUUGAACAAAUUCAAACCUAUGAAGAUAAGGAUGAACACAAAUUCUGUGAAGCAUGUAUUGAUGUGAUGAGAUCAUUCAAAGUCAAUCACAAUUAUGAUCUCUAUUAUCAAUAUGUUGACAAAUUGAGUGCUGUUCAUGAAAGAAAUGGAAACUUUAUUGAAUCAGCUCUUGUUUUGUAUAAACAUGCAAAACGUCUUCAAUGGAAUGAUGAACGUAAAUUACCUUAUCAUUCUGAUGAUUAUCCAGAACAAUCAGAAGCUGAACGUAAAAUCAAACUCUAUGAAAAGAUGAUUGAUUUAUUGGAUAAGGGUAAAGAUUGGGAGAGAGCGAUUGAACUUUCAAGACAACUUCGAAAUUAUUAUUUACACAAUUACAAGUAUGCCAAGACUCAAAAUUUAUUGAAACGUGAAGGUGAAUUUUAUAAUCUCAUCAUGACCAAGAGACGUUUCUUUGCAUCGUAUUAUUAUGUGAAUUUUAUGGGUAAAGGAUUUCUUAAAAUGGGUUUACAAGGUCCAUACAUUUACAAGAGUGUGGAAGGUGAAAACUUUAUGGACUUUUUGAAUGGACUCAAAGACAAGUAUCAAGCUCAACUCUUCCAAAAGGUUCCAUCCGAUCCUGAACAAUACAGAAAUCAAGAUGGAAGAUAUUUUGUUGCUUUCCAUGUGGAUCAAAGUUCUGAAAGCGAAUGGGAGAAUAUGUUCAUGCAUCGUGAUAAGAGAAUUUCACCCAAGAUUUUAUGUUAUCGAAAAUUACAUAAUGUUAAUUAUUUCAAAUCAGAAUCAAGAUAUAGAGAAUCUAAGGAAAAGACCAACAAUGAAUAUAAGGACAUGCAUCGUGAAAUUACCUUUUAUAUUACACCUAAAAAGUUCCCAACCAUAUGCAGACGUCAGAGAGUUCUUUUAGGAGAUUCAUUGAAAAUUUAUGAAGAUAAAUUAUUGAAGGGUGAAAAGUUGAAAUAUAAGGAUUAUGCUUCAUGUAUUGAUCUCACCAAAAUAUCCUAUGUAGCCAAUGACAAGUUAUUACACUUGUGUCCACUUGAAAAUGCCAUCAAAGAUAUUGAAGAUAAGGUCAAUGAAUUGGAAGAACUUGUGAUUAAUCAUCAUCUCGAUCAACAACCAGAUACCAAUGCUCUCUCCAUGUCUCUCAAUGGUACCAUUGAUGCUGCUGUGAAUGGUGGUCAAGACAAGUACAUUUCAGCAUUCUUUACUGAACAAUAUGUGAAUACUCAUCCUGAACAUGAUCACUUGUUGAAACGAUUCAAAGUGGCACUCCAAAAUCAAAUAUUUAUUUUAGAAGAGGGUUUGAGACAACGAAGACUGUUUGUGGAAGGAAAGGCACUUGCUUUGAAUGAUUAUUUGGAAACUCGUUUGCAAGAGAUGAAAAAGAAACUUGAAGAAUUGUUGUUCAAGUAA